CAACGGCUCAGAAACAGAGCCACCAAAGGGAUUUGAGAACAAAGGGUGGGGGGGAUAAAAAAAUAUAUUGUUUAGAGAAGAAAAAAACAAAAAUUUGCUUCAAUUUAGACAAAAAACCCCGAAGCGUUUGCCUUUGAACUUCUGAAAUGUCAAGGUCAUCACCCUUCACCUUGCAGAAUAAUUAAAUGCCUUAAGGCCCUCUUAUUAUUUUACUUUUCUGCCACCCACACGUAUGCAUUAAAAUAGCUUAACCUAGAGGCUUAAAUUCGAUUUUGUCGCCAAAUAGCGAGAAAGAUAGAAGGGGCAAUCCGUUGAAUAAAAGUCCUAUUUCUAUUCGUUCUGAAUUCUAAUUGUUUCCAAUGGCAUGUUUGGCUCGUUUUUAGAAAUGAAACUAAUUAUAUUUGCUAUUAAAAUGUCAAUGAAAGAAAACAGAACUAAUUUGAGCCCCUUAGUCCUCUGACCAACAUUUAGCAGAAGAAACAGGUAUCACUACUUUGUAGAUGAGGGGACUGAGGAGGUACCAAUGUGCUUCUCAACUCUGCUGCUAGUCAAUAAAUGUAGUCAUGACCUUUAAUGGAAUGGUCAAUAGUAACAACAAAUUAAUGAUAAGAUCAUUAAACAUUUGUGCAAAUUGUAACCAGUAAACGAAACAGGUGUAUAAACGGCCUUCCCUAUAAUAUCAAAAUCACAAAGCACUGGUGUAUAUAUCCAGUAUGAGUGUAGAUUUCUUAAAAAUACACCAAGUAGGAAAAAAAUGUAUCUUCUUUGAAUUUUAACACAAAUGCAAAACAGCACAUUUAAAUGUGCUUUUUUCACGAAUGUCCACAAGAGGGCGACUUGUACUGGCAAUGGCUGCUUUGUGAGCGUUUUUAGCCAAUAAAUUACAAAAUCAAGUCACAUAAGGAUUCUAGAUUUUUCUUCGGUGCAGCAGUUCUGAAAUAUUGCCCGAGUUAUACCUGUACAAGUACCAAUAGUGACCGCAAUCCCUUUCAUAUAACCCAAAUGCAGCAGGACAUGAUCGUUGGUCGCAAUUACACAUGGAACAUUUCCACCCUUUUCAAACCCAGUUGUGAAUGUAACUAAAUGACUUUAUUAUUGCAGUGGAAGGGACAGGAGACUUGUGCACAUUUGUAGAGUUAAAGGGAUGCAGUUUUAGUGGGCGCAAUCUCGUGCUAAGGUAUUUAUGGCUAAAUAUGCACCACAGGCCAUAAAGAUCUAAAGGCAACACUCAGAAAUGAUCUGUCCUGUCUCUCGCCCUAAAUUCUUCCCUAAAGGGCAAUCGCCAAAGGCUUUCGCCUUAACUGAAGUUAAAUUUAAACAUUUUUAAACAGAAAUUCAACUGUGCAGGAAGCCCAUCACUUCAGGGGAAAAGUGAUUCUUUAUUCUAUAUUUCCCUAAAAUAAAGGCAUUUCUUUACUAAGAUGUUAAAAGCACAUUUUGCUACAAAUUAGGGAUGAGUCGGUGGAAGUUAUUUUACUUUCACCCAGACCAUAGAUCUAUAUAAAUAGAAAAAUAAGUCAAAAUGCAAAGUAUAGUAUGUUAUUCUUAGCUCUAAAUAAAAAAGGGUGUCUGAACAGUGUAUCAUGUAGCUGUAACAAAUGUUCAUUUAUAAAUAUAUUUGUUACUGACUGAAUGAAACCAUCUUCAUGUAAAGUACAAUCAGUUUCGGUCGAUUAAGGAAAAUAAUGUGAAUGGAAAAUACAACAAAAAUAAAUGUCAGAGAAUAUUCGAAUUUAGUACCGGCCAUUAAAUAUCUAUUUCUAAUCUUAUAGAUAAUACCAUUGCACUGAACACUACUGUGGUGCUAAGAGAUACAGGUUAGUCAGUUACUAUAUAUUUAUAUAUAUUAUUGGAUUUUUUAAUAUCACAUUAGUAGAUAAAACACUGAACUAAGCCUGAUAUAGCGCUUUCUCUGUAUGAAGACAGUUAUGUCCUUUCCAGUAAUACUGACUAAAUCAGUUUUAAAAAACAAAUCCAAACGUUAGAUAUUUAUUUGCUAGUUAAACAAUAAUGUCAUAGCACGCAUGUAUUGGUAGUUAUAGAUGUUUUGCACCAAACUGAUCAUUUAUAAAUAUGUGUGUGUAAUUGUGUGUAUAUUCCACACAUACGCUCACUCACGCCACGAAUUUCUAUAUGCUGUGUACACGUAUUUUUGUUGUAUUUAGGAUAUAUCUAUAUAUUGUGUUAGUGUAUGUACAUGAACUCAUGCACAGACAUAAGCACAGAACCCACUUAACAGUCUGUAGAUGCCAUCUGUUCCCUUCCUGCAUGUGAGCGAAUCCCCAAAGCAACACGGUUUUUGUAUGUUGGAUUUUUACAGAAUAUUGUCUAAUUCUGUUUCACAGCGAAUUUUUUAUUUCCCUAAGAACUUUAUGAUCAUUCCCAUGUUGUGGAGUGGAUCCCUUCUCAAAACCACAUCUAUAAUUGUUCUAAUUCCAUUUUAGAAUGGGCAGAUGUGAGCUAAAUAUCAUGCAAGGUCCCAUCCAAGAGCCACGGAUUGUGUUGGUGUUUUUGGUUCGAAUUAUUCUGUAAUAAUGGAGGAAUUAAGAGAUUGGUACCAGGUACUGUGGGUCUCCCCCAGUGAAAUAUCAAAGCGCUUGUUUGAGUGUGUCUGUUGGGACAAACGAGUAGACAUGUUUCCAAGCAUUUUGUAAACUAAUGAACUGAGACUAUUGUGUCAUAUAAAAUAAAUACAGCUUUCAAAUGAAACCUAUGAUGUUUUGUAAUUAAAUGAAGGCUAUGAAACAAUAUCAUGUGUUAAUAUUAAUGAGCGUGUACCCCUGACAAUAGACAUUUAGUUAAAUUAAAAUUGAGUGCCUAGAAUGAUCAUGUCUAAGGAAGAAUCGUAUCUUUAAAUGUCCCCAUUAAUUCACAAUUUGCUUUUUUUACCAUUAGAUACUCAUGAUAAACUUGUAUGUUGGGAUCCCUCAACUUUUGUUGUUGUAGUUGUUAAUAAGCAUCGCUUUAAAAGCGCGUUUGUUUAGCAGCCAAACUCAGUCCUUUGCUAUUAGGGGUAGUAAAAGGCAGUUGCUGUUAACCUGACAAUGAUUUUGUAUUUGAACAGCUGCGAGAGGCUUUCAUUUUAUCAAAGGUCUGUCUCAUUGCCACAGAACCAGACAUUUUAUUGUUUUUACUGCAUAGGAAAUAAAAUCCCUGCGAAUGGGGGUCUUAAAAGGAAAGAGCCUUGGAAUUUGUAAAAAUCCUGAACUGUUCCUAAAGACACUCACAGGGGCGUGAGUUAAACAGAAAGGAAAAGAAAUAACUUUCUUUAAUAAACCAUUUCAAAUGAUUUCAAUUCUUCCUAUUAAAGAAUGGGGACCUGUUUUCUGCAGAUCUGUUCUCCUUAUCAGCAGUGGAAGGUGUGCUUGACUAAUUUCGCCUUUUGAAUUAAAUAAAGGUUUUAUUUUAUUUACCAGACUUCAGUAAAUAAAUGUUUGGUGGAGGUGCUGGUGCAGAGGCCCCUGGGAACCUCAUAUUUGGAUUAGGAGUUUACUACAGGGUCAUUUGUGCUAAAAAAAAAAAAAAAAAAUACCCUUUUUUGGUGGCAGUAAAGUAUAAAAAAAUCAAUGGGGUGAUUUUCAAUAAUUCAUAUUGCAAAUGCCAUUAUGCAAAGUUUUCACCUAUUAAUCUUCCCCUUUACUAAGUUUCGAUUGAUCUGCUCGUAAAAAGAGGUGCCCGUGUGUGGCAAGAGAGCGUUAUAACUCUUUAGAAAUCAUCAGAAGCUAGAAAUGGACCAAGUAUUUCAAGAAUGUAGAUGGGAAUGGUAUUGAUCGCCCCUGAUUCUUCUUAAUAUGUAUUAAUAAAUUCCGCCACCUUUGCGCCUCCAGCUUGUCAGGAAUGAAUGCUUUUACCAAAUCCAUAAAAGGAAAACACAUCUGUCUUGGCAUUAUUAUAAUGACACGUUCAAAUUCCUCUUAUGCUUAUCCUGCUGUGAAGGGGGUUGGGGGUGUAAAAAGGUGUAUGGUAACAUUGCAUAGUGGUCCCAUGGAUCUGCAUUGGAAGGGACCUGCCUCACCAACUUUCUGCCUUAUAUUUUACUGCCUGUCCACAAGCCCUGGAGUUCCUGGCAAGGCAUGAAGUCACUGGGGUAUUUCAUUUACAUAUAAAACACUGAACAGAGAGGUUUGAUAUUGCUUUAUUGGGGGCGAGUAUUUAAAAUCUGUCACAGGUCUGUGUUGCAUUGUCACCAAGUUUGUUUUUUUUUCUUUGCCAAACGGUAGCCCAGAGCUGUCAGUGGAUCGGUGGAAAAGCAAUAAUCUUGUUGGUAUUUUAAAAAAAAAAAAUAAUGUGUCCUUAAAUCAGCGCAGUGCGCCAGGAUGGCUGAGAAGCAGCGCUCGGUCGCACUUUCGCUCUGACAUCGCAGGUGUCGCUGUUGACCGCGGUUUGAGCGCAGCCCAGGCUGGCCGAGCACCACGUGACUCGCAGGGAGGCAGCAGCUCAAGGCCAUUUUCAAAUCUCAUUGGCUCGCUUGUCAUGUGGUUGUGCAGAGGCUUCACAAUUACACAGGGAAUGUUUUGCUAGAGAUGUCAGCCUACAAAGGACACAAUCCCUCUUCUCCUAAUUCCUCCCCAAAAUGUCCUUUCCCAACAGCUCUCCUGCUGCAAAUACUUUUUUAGUAGAUUCCUUGAUCAGUGCCUGUAGAAGUGACAGUUUCUAUUCUAACAGCGCCAGCAUGUACAUGCCACCCAGCACAGAGAUUGGCACUUAUGGCAUGCAAACCUGUGGACUGCUACCCUCUCUGGCAAAAAGAGAAGUCAAUCACCAAAACAUGGGCAUGAAUGUGCAUCCCUAUAUACCUCAAGUAGACUCUUGGACUGAUCCGAGCAGGUCCUGUAGGAUAGAACAACCUGUUACACAGCAUCUCCCUACUUGCUCCUUUCCCACCAACAUUAAGGAGGAGACCAACUGCUGCAUGUAUUCUGAUAAGAGAUCCAAAGUGAUUUCUGCAGAGGGCCCAUCAUACCAGAGGCUGCUGCCUGACAACUGUCCUGUGGAGAACUCAGAGGUGCCAGUCCCAGGAUAUUUCAGGCUGAGCCAGAGCUACGCCACCGGGAAACCCCAAGAGUACAAUAAUAACCCAGAAAGCAGCUCAUCCCUAAUGUUACAGCUCAACCCUCGCUCCAGCUCCAAACAGCAGAUCCCUCCUCAACUUCACAUGGACAAGAAAAUGAAUGAGAAUCCGGCCAGCCAAGACUCAGGCAAAGUCCCAUCUGGGGAGAGUCCCGACCCCAAGUCUGCGCUGCAGGAGGACAGGAGCUGCCUGGCUGAGGUGUCUGUGUCCAGCCCAGAAGUGCAGGACAAGGAGACUAAAGAGGAAAUCAAGUCUGAUACCCCAACAAGCAAUUGGUUAACUGCAAAGAGUGGCAGAAAGAAGAGGUGUCCCUAUACCAAACACCAGACAUUGGAGUUAGAGAAGGAAUUCUUGUUUAAUAUGUAUCUGACGCGAGAGCGCCGCCUAGAGAUCAGUAAGAGUGUGAAUCUCACUGACAGGCAGGUCAAGAUCUGGUUUCAAAAUCGCAGAAUGAAGUUAAAGAAGAUGAGCAGAGAGAACCGAAUCCGCGAACUGACCGCGAAUCUGACUUUUUCGUAAGAACUGACCAAAAUGCUCUUUAACCUUUGACAAAGCAUCAGCCAUUGCUUCACUCGGAGAGACUUUAAGAACAUUUCAGAAACAUAUUUUUUAAUUUCUGUGAUAGGGAAUGUGAUCCAUUGUCAUUUUUUUAGUGCUACAAUUGUCUCUAUGUAUUUUCAUGGGAAUAUGAAUAAUGAAAGAAUAAAUCGAGCACAUGUAAUUUAUUUUUUUUCACCGACUGGCAAGGUAAAUGUGACAAACAAAAGUUUAUCAUUUGAUUCUUAACUUAUUGGGACUGUUGAACACAUCCAAGCAAUGUGACUUUUUAUGUUUUUACUCAAAUGGUAUUUCUGUGUGCUACUUCAUGGACCUUGGUAUUUUAAACCAUGAGAGUACUCUUGAUGACUUUUAAGGGGGGAAAAAGCACAUUUUUUCUGUAAAUGUCUGCUCAGAUGAAUUGAAAAAAAAAAAAAACAUGUUCGUAGCAGUGUAGUUUAUUCCAGUCGUAUUCCUGGUGAUACCAUUAUUGUUCUAUGUGAUAUUCUGGGACAGCAAUAUCUUCACACAGUGCAUGCUCCCUUCGCAUGUAAUAUGCAAUAAACUCUGUAAAACUC